AGUGAAAUAAUUGUGAGGAAGAAGAGAGAGGAUCUGCUGCCGAAGAGGGCUUAUCUUCUUCAUUGGUUAGUCUCUGCUGCAGCAGCAACUGGUAUCAUUAAUCAGUUGUCUGCGAUGGGUAUCACUUUUGAAGACGAGAUACAAGGAUUGUGGCUCCUUGGUACUUUACCAGAUUCUUGGGAAACAUUCAGGACAUCGUUGUCUAACUCAGCUCCGAAUGGUGUGAUCUCCAUGGACUUGGCAAAAAGUAGUGUCUUGAAUGAGGAUAUGAGAAGAAAGACGAACGGGAGUUCUUCGCAGUCAGAUGCUUUAAUUACUGAAAAACGGGGGAGGAGUCCAAAUUGAGGUUCUAAGAACAGAGGCAAAAGUCGAGGCAUCCAUCAUUGGAGGUUUUAAGAAUGGAAGUGAAUAGCCAAAUGAAAGAUGGGAAGUAUGCUGCUGAUAUUUCCUCCAUAAGAGAAGCACAAGUGCGCAUUAGUUCUCUUAUACACAGAACACCGGUCUUCUCCUCAGAAACUCUAGACUCCAUGGCCGGAAGAAAGUUACUCUUUAAAUGUGAAUGUUUCCAGAAAGGUGGGGCUUUUAAAUUUCGUGGUGCCUGCAAUGCUAUAUUUUCACUUGAUGAUGACCAGGCAGCCAAAGGGGUUGUGACACAUAGCAGUGGUAACCAUGCAGCAGCCUUAGCUCUGGCUGCAAAACUACGGGGGAUCCCAGCAUACAUUGUUAUACCCAAAAAUGCUCCAAAAUGCAAAGUUGAGAAUGUGCUGCGUUACGGCGGUCAGGUUAUUUGGAGCGAGCCCACUAUAAGGUCAAGGGAGGACAUGGCAACCAAAGUGUUGCAAGAAACUGGGUCUGUUCUGGUUCACCCAUAUAAUGAUGGGCGCAUCCUAAGUGGACAGGGAACCAUAUCGCUUGAGUUUCUGGAGCAAGCACCAGAAAUAGACACACUAAUAGUACCUAUAAGUGGAGGUGGUUUGAUAUCUGGGGUGGCAUUGGCUGCCAAGUCCAUCAACCCAGCAAUUCGAGUUUUUGCUGCUGAACCGGAGGGAGCAAAUGAUGCAGCUCAAUCUAAAGCAGCUGGCAGGAUCAUAACAUUGCCAGAGACAAACACUGUUGCUGAUGGCCUCCGAGCUUCUCUUGGGGAUCUUACCUGGCCUAUUGUACGGGAUCUGGUCGAUGACAUCAUUAUUGUCGAGGAUAAGGAGAUACUAGAAGCCAUGAGACUCUGUUAUGAGAUUCUGAAGGUCGCAGUUGAGCCAAGCGGAGCUAUAGGCCUUGCAGCUGUUCUAUCGGAUGGCUUCAGAAAACACCCCUCUUGGAAGGACUGCAGCAACAUUGGAAUUAUACUUUCAGGCGGCAAUGUUGAUCUGGAUGUCCUCUGGGAUUCCUUCAAGAAAUGAAAGGCAUGCUUGCUACUUCUUGCUUAAUGCUAUCCUAGCUUUAGCUGCUAGAGAAAUUGCAUUAAUGUAAAGAGGCUGCUUCCACUACUUGAGCCUAUGAUGUUUUAAUCACAAAGGAGCAAAACUUUGUCGCUGCUACGAAAGCUGGCCCUCGUAUAAAAAGUUUUAUUAUUAUGUUGCAAAUUUUUAUACUGCAUAUUGUUAAUGUAUACAUAAUGGUGUUUAAUACUAGUAAUUCAUUCCUUAAUUGGUACAA